CAUUUCUUAUUGAAUUUCCCUAACGUACCAAGGGUGGCCCCAAAAGAGAGGGAGUGCGAGAGGGAUGGCAAGAGCAGAAGCACUGAGCGCGUACAGAGCGCUGCUGAGAGCGACUCGCAAAACGUUCGCCGGCGACUCUCUGAUGCUUACCGAGUCGGCGGCAGAGCUCCGCAAAAAGUUCGAGCAUAACCGGCACGUGAUUUCCGAGGACGAGAUCCGGAGACUCCUCGACGAGGCACGUGAGGCCUCACAUUUCAUAUCCACCAUGAUCGUCCAGGCCCAGCUCAACUCUCGCGGCGGUUACCAAAUGAAGCCGAGUAAAGAGCAUGCAGGAGCAACACUUGAGAUGCCUUCAGAAGAGAUUCUUAAGACCGUCUAAGAGGAGGAGGUUUAAUGGAGUUCAAUACCAUGUUCUGUUAUAUGUCUCAGAUGUGAGCCUUUUAUUGAUGACUAUGUAUCUUACUUCCUCGGUAGUGCUCCUCCACGGUGUUCUUUGAGGGACUCAGUCAUAGGUCCUGUUUUGCUAUUGUUUAAGCAAUAAUUCUCAAUGAACUUCUGGGGGUGGUUGCAGAGGAACUUUUGUAGUUGUAAACCAUCGUCUUAAAACCUCUGGCCUCAAGGGUCAUGUUUUGUAGUUCACAUGAUAUUAAAUUCCUGGAUGGUGAUUUACUUUUCUGCAAAA